AUGGCGCCUGCCUGCGCCUCUGCCACUGUUGCCCAGCCCAAGCCAGCUGUCCCUGACAUUCCCAAUGGACUCCAUAACACCGAACACUCCCAUCACGUGUCUCUGUCUAUAUCAGAGCGCGAAGACAAUCCUGAAAUUCGGCUGAAAUAUCGCCCCUUCAUCCUGAAGCCUGACGACGCCGAGGACUGGGUGAAUACCCUGGAGUUAGCAACCGUGAUGGACAUGGCAGCGCAGGAAUUACGAAAGACAAAUAAUAGACUAAAAGUACUGGUAUUGUACGGCAGUCUUCGGCGAAGGUCUUACUCUCGACUGGUGGCGCUUGAAGCCAGCAGGAUUCUCUUCCGGUUGGGAUGCGAUGUGCGCGUGUUUAAUCCGGACGGGUUACCAGUGAAGAAUGAUACCGAUCACGGGCAUCCAAAGGUGCAGGAGCUCAGGGAGUUGAGCAAGUGGAGUGAUGGACAUGUUUGGGUAUCGCCCGAACAGCACGGAAAUCUGACCGCCGUCUUCAAAAAUCAGAUUGACUGGAUCCCGCUCACCACAGGUAGCGUGCGUCCCACACAAGGCCGGACCCUUGCCAUCGCGCAGGUGUGCGGUGGAUCGCAAUCAUUCAACGCGGUCAACUCUCUACGUAUCCUCGGCCGGUGGAUGCGGAUGUUUACCAUCCCAAAUCAGUCCUCUAUCCCUAGAGCAUACACGUACUUUCCUGACGAGGGUCAACCAGGAAACGAGAGGCUCAUGCCUAGUAGUAAUAGGGACCGGCUAGUGGAUUGCAUGGAGGAGUUUGUAAAAUACACUAUUCUCCUGCGGCCUCACCUGGAGCUUUUCGGUGAUCGGUUUAGCGAGAGAGAAGAGAAGAGGGUCAAAGAAGAGAAGAUAAAGCAAGCAAUAGCGAGACAGCAUUAG